AUGGAAAACUUUCAACAGUUGGAAAUCUUGGAAACAGGUUUCCAGAUAGCUCAUGCCACAUACUCUCCGUGGGUGAAGCACUUAAAAAACCUAGAAGUAUAUCGGAAGAAUUCAUCCUUCGUCAAUUUGAAAAACAUUCGUACCUUACUGAUGGUAACUGAAGCGUUUUGGCGUUUGUAUCAACCUGUAAAUGAUGAAGAAUUGUGGAAAACGAAGCGUCGUCCGACUUACCCUGCCAUCUACUCUUUGAUUGAUGCCACCAAGGAUCGACAUCGCUUUUGUGUCCUGCAAUUUGAAUGA